GGCGCCCUUUCCGCCGACAACGAACAGCUCAUCAAGGCAAACAACACUCUGACACUCGAAGCCCAAGCAAUUCGCAAGGAUUUCGAAGAUUACAAGGACGAAGUAAAGGGUCAGAUGGACGCCCUUUACGGCAACAUGGUCGCCCUGAAGGAGGCUCAGGAAAAGACCACCACUUACAUUGUUGGCUUAGAGUCUCGACUCAACAAUGCCAUCAUCAAUGCGCCCUCCACAGGUAUCCUACCACCGGCCGGCCAACCCAGUCAAUCGCUCCGUCGAAUCAAGCUCCCCGAUCCUCCCAAGUAUUCAGGAAGGAAAUCCUCGGAAAACUUUGAAACGUGGUUCACGAACCUACUCAUCUGGCUCGAUUAUAACCACUUCACGGACGACAAGGACAAAAUUCGACAAGCCAACGUGCAUCUGGAAGGUGGAGCUGCUCUAUACAUGAAAGAAUAUGCAAUCAAGCUUGCCUCCGGACAAGAUGUUGGCACAUGGGCAGAAUACACCAGAAAACUGGAAAUGGCAUACAAGACGCUUGACCCCAAGCGCACGGCACAAUCCCUGCUCGACGCACACUGCGCCAUACGCCACAAAACGAUGAUUGCCUUCGCAGAGAAUUUCAGGGCUUACGCCCCCGAAUCAGGAUACUCUGACGAAGACCUAAUCGUCAAAAUCAGGGAGCAACGGUCGACCCAUAUUCAAACGGUCAUGUCGGUAACGGAGACUUUGGACCCCUCGAAAAUCCCAACCACAUGGAUGGAUUAUCUCGAGUUCUGUCUGGAGAUA